CAGGUAUACACUAUUAUUACACUGGUGCUGGUCUGAUCAUGGCCUCCAAACUGAGUGUGCUGCUGCUGUUACUGGCUGUUGCCACAGUAACGGUUCUGGCCCAGAGGCGGCGCCCGACGUCGACGAACACUGACGAGUGGAACUACAGGGAUGGCUCUGAGAGGGUGAACAUGCGCGGCGUGGCCAACCUGACUCAGGUUCUGGAUAACUGGAGGUUCGACAUCCUGAACCAGAUGAAAGGACUUCUGCAGAAUGACCACCAGUCUCUCCUGCCCGACUACGCCAGGAUCCAGCCGCUGUCUGAGGCCUUAGACGACCUCUACAAGGAGUUCAACGCCCUCAAAGCUCACCUGGGCGACCUGACCGAGAAGUUCUCCGCCAUAGAAACUUUCAUUGACGAGGUCAAGGCCAGCCGCGCCAGCAACGCCAACACUGGCCCGGCCCCUGCUCCGGCUCCGGCCCCCGUCCCCAGACAGGCCGGGAGGAGGGUGCUAAAGAAGAAGGCCACCCCUUCCUCCUAACCAGCCAAUGAUGCGCUUCCUCCAUCUUGAUGUUUGCUUCUUCUCGUGGCUGUCUUAAGUCUCUGUUUGUCUUAUCUGACAGUGCCGGCACUCUGAAGCUAAUACACUUUUAAUUUCAUAAUAAUCAUAUUCUAUACAAUGAAAUUGUACCAAGGUGCUCUCCAUUUAAAACAAAACAUUUAAAAUUAAAACAUAGGAUAUAGUAAAAGAUUAAAAAUAUAAAAUAAAGAGUAAAUAAGAUGACACUCACAUUUAGUGUGGACCAUUAUAUAAGAAGAUGUAAGACAGCUGCACUCAGCGUGUUGCCAUGACCCAGCACUGUUUCAUAUUUUCCAUAGUUUUCCAAAUAAAUAUUGUUUUCCUGUUAUUCCUGAUUUUCUAAUGAGUGUAAUUGGUGUACGCAGACUGGUAAGAUAUGCACUUGUUAUAGAAAUCCACACACCUGCUGUGUCUGAAAUGACUUGACUCACUCACUCCUCUGUGUAAAACAGACACUGAAUAAUGAUUGAGCAGUAAACUGAGAUUUCAAACGCAUAUUUUGCUGACAGGUGAAAGUCCACGAGACUGAAAUUUUCUCUAUCUAUAAAAUGUGAUGCAUUACAUUGUGGGAUUGUUAGCAGAAAGCAGUCCAUACCAUCUGACACAACUUUUCUCUCUUCCAUUAAAUUUCAAACUCAGAAUUCAGAGAUGCAAAUAAAAUGGCAAAAAUGGAAAAUAUAGUAAACUAUGUAGUGAUUUCGGACACAGCCACGGUUUCCAUUUACCGCAUGAAAAAUUAUUUUUUUACAGUGUGAGGCCUGGGAACGUUGUAUCUCACCAAAACUCAACAAACAUUUUCAAUGAUUUGAAAGAUUUUCUCAUUCCCGGUUGUUGUUGUUGUUCAAGCGCCUGGCGAGUUCAACUACACAUGCUGAAUGAUAUCUUGCAGCAUAGUUGAGCUGGUAAGAAAGCACUUGUUCUGUUUGUUCUGGAUGCUUUUUGGACAAACAUGCUUGUUGGUUUGGGUUUACUGCUGCAUUAUAUGAGCUCCAAAUAAACUCACUUAUUGCAUUCA